UCUCUCCCAUGAACUAAUAAUCUCUCUCGUUUAACCCUAAUCUCUCUCUCUCUGUAAAUACACAUAAUCUCUCUCUCUCUAUAAUCUCAUCUUCAUCUCUCUUCAAAUUGUUCUAUAUCGUUUCAGAAUUUGUGAAGUUAUACAGGAAAUUUGGUUCAGAUCAUAGUUAUGGAGAUAGGAGUACAGUCGCCGGAGACCGGGAGGUCGGCGGCUGGAAUUGUUAUGGAGUUUUCGAUCAGCGAUGAUGCUUCAUCACCUCCGAGAAUUCCUCCGAGGCUUCGGAAGAGGCUUUUAGAGAACAAACCGUUAUUUCCGUCUACUGUUGAGGAAAUUGAAGCCAAGCUACGAGACGCCGAUCUUCGGAGAAAGAAAUACUAUAACCAGUUGUCGAGUAAGGCUCGCACAAAACCUAGAAGCCCCUCAAAAUCAUUUUCUAGUGAAGAAGAUCCGGGUCAGCGCCUGGAGGCUAAGUUACAAGCUGCUGAGCAAAAGAGGUUGAGCAUGCUGGAAAAUUCUAGGAUGCGCUUAGCUAGGUUAGAUGAGCUACGACAAGCUGCUAGAACUGGAGUUGAAUUGCGUAGUAAGAAAGAACGCGAUGAACUCGUUACUAAAGUGGAAUUACGGGUUCAGCAAGCAGAGGCUAACAGACUGCUUUUACUCAAGGCCUACAGGCAGAAGAGGGCUACACUUAGUGAGAGGACUUCUCAGUCACUUUUACGUAGAAUGAUUCAUGAAAACAGGUACAAGGAAACUGUACGUGCAGCAAUACACCAAAAGCGCGCAGCUGCUGAGACUAAACGAUUGUUGCUGCUGGAAGCUGAAAAGAAGAGGGCAUCUGCUAGGAUGCAGAAAUUGCAAAAGGCAAAAUCUGUCCUUCAGCAGCGAGAAGCUGAAAGGAGAAGAAUGAUGGACAAACUUGAUAACAGGCUGCAAAAGGCUAGGAGACAGAGAGCUGAACUUCUAAGGCAAAGGGUAAGGCAGGACUGUUCUGUUCGUCUACAGUGGGAUAAGAUUCAUGAUCAGGCUGAGCACCUUUCCAGAAAAUUAGCAUGGUGCUGGAGACGGUUCCAGAAAGAGAACAAAACUACUCUCAACUUGGUAAAAGCAUACGAAUCUUUGAAUAUUAAAGAGAACACUGUCGAGACUAUGCCAUUUGAACAGUUUGCUUCUCUUAUUGAAUCUCCCACUACUCUUCAGACUGUCAAAGCAUUACUUGACCGUCUUGAAAUUCGUUAUAAAAUAUCAAAAUCUCUCGCUACAACAAGCCCUUCCACAUGGAAUGACAUUCAACAUUUACUUAAACGGGUCGUUUCUCCAAAAAAGAGGACACCUAGAAGAGCUACCCGAACCAAAAAUAGCAACCAUAAAUAUGAAUCAACCAAAGAAAUAGUUAGAGCCACAGUUACAUUAUCAAGGUACCAAGUGAGAAUUGUACUUUGUGCAUAUAUGAUCCUGGGUCAUCCAGAUGCGGUUUUCAGUGGUCGAGGAGAGCGUGAAAUUUCUUUGGCUGAUUCUGCUAAAGAUUUCGUUAAGGAAUUUGAAUUGCUGAGCAGAAUAAUACUUGGUGGACCAAUUAAGAACUCAGAUGAAGGUUAUAAACCCGGUCACUCAAAAAGAUUGACCUUCCGAUCGCAGCUGGCUGCUUUCGAUGCAGCAUGGUGCUCCUAUUUGAAUAGCUUUGUGGCGUGGAAAGUGAAGGAUGCUAAAUUGUUGGAGGAUGAUUUGGUGAGAGCUGCAUGCCAACUUGAGCUUUCUAUGAUUCAAACUUGCAAAGUAAGUUCAAAUGGAGAUGCUGGUGAUCUUACUCAUGAUAUGAAAGCCAUCCAAAAGCAGGUGAAUGAAGAUCAAAAACUUUUGAGAGAAAAAGUGCAUCAUCUGAGCGGUGAUGCUGGUGUUGAACGUAUGGAAUCUUCCCUUUCCGACACACGAAUGCAGUAUUUUCAUGCAAAAGAGAAUGGUCGAAGUCCUGUUGGUUCACCUAUCAAACAUAUUUUGUCACCCAACACCCCUUCUUCAUCCUCCUCUCAACUGUCCUCACCAAACCUAGAUACAGAAGCAAAUCUAACCAAGGGUGGUAAUGAGAAGCCAAGUCGUGUAGUUCGCUCUUUAUUUAAGGAUGACUCUGCUUCCAAUUCCAGAGAAGGCUUCUCUAUUUCACAUGGGGGUGAGUUGGCGAUGGAAAAUGAGAUCAUUGUCAAUGAAAUGAUUCAUGAUCAGAGUUCUGUGUUUGUUGAUGGUUUCCAUGACUCUGAUGAAGACCAAAAUAAAUUGAAGAACUUGAUAAGAGAGACAAUGGAGAAGGCUUUCUGGGAUGGCGUAAUGGAAUCAAUGAAAGAAGAGAAACCUAACAAUGAUAAAGUUGUUCAACUGCUAAAGGAGGUCAGGGAUGGAAUCUGUGACAUGGCUCCUUGGAGCUGGAAGGAGGAAAUUUGUGAAUCUAUUGACGUCGAUCUCCUCUCUCAGGUGUUGAAUUCGGGUGAUCUAGACAUGGGAUAUCUUGGUAGGAUUCUGGACUAUGCAUUAACUGUUCUAAGGAAACUUGCAGCUCCUGCGAAUGAAAAUGACCUGAAGGUAGCUCAUCAGAAAGUAUUGAAUGAGUUGGCUGAAAUAUGUCAAUCUGGAGACGGGACCAAAAAUUUGCAUGUGAUAGCUUUGGUUAAAGGUCUCCGUUUUGUGCUCGAACAAAUACAGGCUCUAAAACAAGAAAUUAGCAAGGCCCGUAUCAGAUUGAUGGAACCAGUUCUGAAGGGACCAGCAGGUCUAGAAUACCUAAAGAAGGCUUUUGGAAAUCGAUAUGGACAUCCAUCUGACGCAUUAACGAAUCUUCCUUUGACAAACCAAUGGAUCUCAUCGGUUUGGCAUACGAAAGACGAACAGUGGGCUGAACACAUGACUUUCCUUUCCGGAAUUACUGAGAACCGUGCGAUCCCAACUCAAACAGCUCUCCCAUCGGUUGCACUCAGAACCGGUGGAAGUAGUUUGGUUAAAUUGACUGCAACAAACCAAACCGGUCCAAGCCUUUCAGAAGAAGAGGAUAAACUUGAAGAAUGCAAGGGCGAGAAGGUUGAUCUGUCGAUUAGGGUUGGGCUGUUAAAGCUGGUAAGUGGGGUUGCAGGUCUAACACAUGAAUCACUACCCGAAACUCUGAAGCUCAAUCUUUCUAGGCUCAGAAAUGUUCAGGCUCAAUUCCAGACUAUUAUUGUUACCUCUACAAGCGUUUUAGUUCUACGACAAAUCAUCCAUAGUCAUUCAACACCGUCAUCAUCAUCAAACAUGGAUAACAUGAUCUCAACCUGCGUUAACGAACUUCUCCAUCUCCUCGAGAAAGUCGAAAAUGCAGGUAUAAAAGAAAUCAUUGAAAUCCUAUUCAAACACUACAUAGAAAAUAUUAGCAACAAAUCCACCGCUGAAUCAACCAAGAAUGUAAUGACAAAUCUAUUGAAGAAAAGCCUCCAAGCCGGAGACCCAGUUUUUAUGCGGGUCUCACGAGCAAUUUAUUUAGCCACAAGAGGUGUCGUUCUUGGAGGAAACGGAUCUAUUGGGAGGGAAUUAGCCGAGAUGGCUUUAAGGCCAAUCGGAGCUUUGGGUAUGGUUAAUAAGGUGGUUUCAAUGGCUCAAGUCGUAAUGGUUGUGGGUUUAGUUUCGGGGAAUGUUCAUGGUCAGUGGUAUGCGAAACUAACCGAAAAUAUGUGAAAUAUUCUUUAGGUUUGGUUUGUGUAAAUAUGGGUUUAGAGUAAUGAUUGAUAGAACUAAUAAUAAUAAUGUUAUUAGUGGAAGUUGUGUAUAUUAUUAUUAUUAGAGUUGAUGUGGAAAAAAGAGAUUGUCAUGUGUAUAUUAUUUAUAUGGGUUGGAAGAUAAUUUGUAAAUUUGUGUAUUAAUUACUUACUACUACUCAAUGGCAAUAAUAAAGUUGGACAAUUCUCUUUUCUU